AUGUCCACUUCCAAGCGAACCCUCGAGGACUUGGAGCUCUCCAAGGCCAAGAGAGUUUGUCGCCCGGCGCCCCUCAAGCUCAAAUGUUCCAACAUGCCCACCCAUCUGGCUAAUGGAGAUAAUCUGUCUCCAUUUCUGGCCCAGAAUGGCCAGCCCUCGCCAAUUCCGGAAAGCUCUUCAGCCAGACCACUCCCCCAAUUGGCCAAUGGCAAUAAUCUAUCUCCCCGCCUGGUCCAACAGAUUGGCGAGCCAUCGCCAAUUCCGCACACCCUCCUGAACCAGUCGUUGAAUAUCAACGAACCAUCCGAGACCACUCCCACUCGGCGCCCUUUCCUCUUCUCUGGCAUCGAAGAGAAUGCCCAGCCCACAGUCGAGUUUAACCCUCGUCUUUCCACCCCCAAUAACGAAGCAUCGAACACCGUGAAUGUGAACUGGCCACUCCCCUACACUCGGUCCAGUCAACGAGGAUGGCUUCGCUAUAGUCAACCAGACUUGGUACGACAUAGCUCUAUGACGGACUCGGACUCCCAGUCCUCGGGGUCUCCUCGCUCGUUUCACUUCAACCCACGAGCUUUCCCAGCCCCUCGAAUCCGCACUCGAGUCCAGUACUUCGGCCGUCCCGAGGGAAAGCCUCGCAAGAAGCCGCGCUUUAUUAUCAGCUUCCGUCGUGGUUGCCCUCAAUGUUAUCACCGGACUCCUGGUCAUAUUAACCAUAUUAUCUUUUCUUGA